UUCUGGUUCACUUUGCCUGCAGGAGUCGUUCAGGAUGGCCACACACUUUAGUUUAUGCUUACAAAUCAUUAUCGUGUUUUUGUUUUGCACAGUGUGUAGUACUGACAUUUCCUGUAAGAAUGAAGCUGGUGAGCCUGUUGAUUGGUUUAUCAUCUACAAACUGCCCAGGUAUAAGAUUGGAGAGGUCGGCAGUGGGGUGGACUACAUGUACCUGGACUCCUCAGUAGGGAGCUGGCAGCUGAGUAAAUUCAUGGUUAACACCAGCCAAGGAGCCAUAGGGAACACAUUGAACCAGCUUUACUCGGGCAAGGCCUACCAGUCUAACAGUUCAGUGUAUGCACUCUACAAUGAUGGACCACCGAUCCUGGAUUACAUCCAAGGAUACGGACACACUAAAGGUGUACUGCUCUUUGACCACUCUCAAGGUUUCUGGCUUUCGCACAGCAUUCCCCAUUUCCCGUCAUUCCCUGAGAGAGGCUACCUUUACCCCUCCUCUGGCAAAGUCAAUGGCCAGACUGCUCUUUGCAUGACCUACCACUAUGACCAGUUUCUCCGUAUAACAAAGCAGAUGGUGUACCUUUACCCACGCUUCUAUAACUGCUCUGUACCUGCUGCAUUCAUGGCAGACCUGCCGCAGUUGGCCCAGUUAUGCAACGGGGCCAAACCACCUCUGGCCUCAGAUAAAAGAGUGGAGCAGCUUUUCUCACUGCAAGGGGACAAGUUUGUCAGUUUCGUCAAAUCAGAACGCUUUGUGGAUGACAUCUACACUGGCUGGGUGGCUCAGGCUCUGGAUGCCGACCUUCUGGUAGAGUCCUGGCAGAGACAAGGCCACGAGCUUCCCUCCAACUGCUCUUUGCCCAAACACGCCAUGAACAUCAAGAGAAUUCGUCUCCCCGGAUCGGUCCCGUUCCAGUCCCACUACGACCACUCAAAGUGGUGCGUGUCACAGGCCUACGAGGACCAGGUGACCUGCCUGGGGGAUCUGAACAGGGAGAGGGCCCAAAUGUGGCGUGGUGGGGGUCUGGUCUGCACUUUCAAUCCCUUAAUUUACAAGGCCUUCAGACAGGUUGUGGACUGGUACAUUGAAUGUUGAAAGAGAGAGAAAGUUAAGAUGAUUGGGACUGGAUUAGUCUCAAAUGGUUUGGUUUGAAACUGUUUCAGAUUUAUGAGACUAAACUUGAAGUUGGACCCUGUUAGUGUUAAAGCAACUGGCAUGCAACCAUCAGAACACACAGGUUUCAAAUUACUCAGCAAUUUUAGGGGGAAAAUAGCCACAAAAAGUGUUUAAUAUAACUUGUCUUGUGUUUCUGCGUUUCCAGUACAAUGCUGACAUAAUCUUUGCCUGUAUGCGAUUUUGAGGAUGAUAGCAACAGGUCUUUAAUAUCUGUUGACAAAGUUACAUAGGCUUUAUGAUGUGACUAUGUGUUAAAUUAAUUAAUAUGCAAAAAACGAGUGUUCCUGUAUCAUCACUGUGUCGCAUUUUUUAUUAAAAAAAAUACUACUUUGCAUCACAUAACUUGCCUGUUUUGAUGUAAGAACCUUUAUUUCUUUACUUUUUUUAAUGUUUUUUGAGGAACUCAACGCAAAUCUAGAUUAAAUAAUGAUAAUUCUGAAUAUGUUCAAUAUUAACUUUGAAAGAUCAAGGAUAAUGUUGGCCUGAAGACAAUGGGUUAAAUCUGGGUGGGGAA